UGCUGCUGUCAUUUGCGACGAACAAAAAUAAAGAUUUUUAACCCAAAUUUUUAAAAAUAUGCUAACAUAGUUUUAUCCUUAUAUAAUGUGAAUUUUUGAUUCAUUAAUGGCAGACCGUCAUCGUACUUUCGACACAGAAGAAAUGGCAACAACAAGUACAGCGGUAACGACGGUACCCCCACAACUUCAAGAGGAGCCCGUAGAGCCUGUAGCUGUGUUAACUCUGAGACCCACAAAGAAGCAGCAACGCAAAAAAGUUGUAUGGACGGAGGACACCGUCGACAAUGAACACAUGAACAAGAAAAAGUCUAAAUGUUGCUGUAUAUAUGAAAAACCCCGUCGUUUCGGCGAGUCCGACUCGGAAGAGAGUGACGACGAAUGUGAACAUUGUUUUGGACAUGUUGAGAAGAAACGUACUAAGCACAACACACACGUACAAGAGAACACUGAACAACCUGAACCAACAACAUCUGUGACGUUAAAACCUUCGGAGCCUGCGCUGGCGCCGCCCGACAAGCCGCCCUCUGAUACUUAAUCACGUAAAUUAUUUAUACCUGACUUUUAAACAUUUCAAUGUAUUUUCGUAUUGGUAAUUUUUUCCAUAAGAGUAAUUUUCUUCAUCCUAUUUGGCGCCUAGCGAAAUAUGAAGAUCCAAGGUUUCACAAACGUUCAUAAGUCUCUAUAUUAAAAUUAUCUUGACUAACAGAUUUUUGAUAUAUGUAACAAAAAGAAUUCCAUUUAUUUUAUAAAAUUUUAUUUUUCCACAGAGUGAAUUAUUCAGUAUUCUGACAGAAAUCGGAAUCUUAAUAUGUGGUUAACAUUUAUAAAAUAUAAUUCCAAAUGUUUUUCAAGUAUUUGAUACAAUGUCACUUUAUCUUUAGUUUUAACAUACUGAUUCGUACAAAAUACACAAAAAAUAUCUGAAUAUGUUGAAAAGAUUCGCCCUCAAAGCGCUGCUCAAAUAUUUCCAUACAAUUUUUAUAUCGUGUGCUAUGUGAAGCGUACUUUACAGUAGUAACUGUUACAACAAUUUUAUUGACAGCUCGAAACAUACAGCUCUCGGUUCAUACAAUUUGUAUAGUUUACUAUACGCAUUAAAUUUGACGCAUUCAUCCGUUUUGUUCUAAAUAUGCCCACGGAGCGCUUUAGUUUUUCAUGUAAAAAUCUAUUUAUUUUUCAUAUGAAGAUUGUAUGUAUGGUUCGGUAUGUCUCUUUGUCGUUAUUUACUCAUGCCAGAAACUUGCAUAUUAAUAAACGAAGUCCUAAUUGAAAGAAUAUUCAUUCCCAAGUUUAUUUCUCAAUAGAAAAAUACCUUUAUAUUGUAAAUUCCGGUAAAAUAUGGGAACGCUUGAAAGAGUAAACUUGUUGUUAUGUUGAGUCUAUAAAUUAAUGAGUAGCCACGAAACAUUUCUCAACUAAGGCUUUUAGUUUCUUUAUAAGACAGUAUAUAAGGUAGGGAGUGGGAAAAAGUAGGUUUAACUGUUAAAAAACCUAUAUGUUAUAGUGUUACCAGUUUAGCAGUUCUACGAUAGUGUUUACUAAUUGUUAAUCUUCUUGAUUAUCUAUUGUUUCAUAUGAGAAGUUUGGGUAUAAAUUACCGUACUAUAUAAUAGACAUUUAAAAUUUGUAACAAAUAAAUUCUCUUAUAAAUAACCUUUUAUAUAGUAUUUUUGGUAAUCAAAAAACAUUUACCCUUUAUUCAUACAAAGCAGUAUAAUUGCACUUUUUUAACUAAUGUAUCUCUUCCGUAUUUUUAAAUAAAUAGUUUAUAUGCCGUUAUUAAAAUAGAGAGAUUUACCCACUUUAGUUAUAAAACGGUACUAUGGGCUGUUUGAAUAGAUAUAAAAACCAUUUCAUAUUAUUUUGUAGAACUUUAGAAACUACACAACUUGUUAUUUUGAAUUCUGUUUAAUAAUGGCUUUAAAAAAUAUAAUUUCAAGAACCCGCCAAAACGCUUUGCCACACAAGAUGGCGUCGCUCCUGUCUUAACGACGUACUACGCUUUUAAACACGUAACUAGAUGUCAAUUUUGAUAAUUAUCAUUCUUAAAUUACGCAAAAUAUUAUAAUUUGUCCAAAAAAGCUUCCAACGGAAUGAAGCUCCAGGCUGGGCCGGAUGAAGACCGUUGAUUUAUUAUUGAUAAAUUAAUGAUUAUUUAUUUAUAUAUUAAUGUCAUGUCUUAUUCAGAUAACUCUUAAUACUAUAUUUUUAUAACUGUCAUAGCCUGAAUUUUGUAUGAAUAAAGGGGUUUAAUUCCUAAAAUAUGUAAAGUAAAGUGAAAACAUUUCUAUGUCAUGUUUAAAAAUAAUUCACAUCUUAUUAUGGUAAUAAUUUUACUGUAGUAUUUAAGUAUGUUAAAUGAAAUAUAUUUACUAAGUAAAUCGGUAUUUUAUUAGAAAAAUGAACUGUGUUUAUAAAUAGAAAUCUUCCGAGCAGAUUCUUUUCUUUAGAUCAUUUUCAGAAAUUAAACUGUUAUAGCUAUUUAUUUUAUUA